GCAGCAAGUGGCGGAAGAAACCACUGGCAUUGCACACGCUUCGGGUCAAACACCAGCAAGAAAUAUGAGCCAAGCUGGGACCCAGCUGAAGGUCACUGGAGUUGAUUUCCUCAAAAGCCAGAACACAUGCCUGCACUACACCAAUGCAUACGACAACCCAAGCCUGGUGGUGAGGCGCGGGCAGGACUUUCAGCUGAAGCUGUCCUUAAACAGGGACCUGAGUGCCACUGACAAGGUGAAGCUGCAGUUCACCAUCGGGCAUAAGCCGAUGAAGAUCCUGGGGACCCUGAUCUCUCUGAACCUGAGUUCUGGGAAGGACUACAAUGGGUGGCGUGCCACCAUCAUCAAGUCCUGCAGCAAAGAGUGCCUGGUAGCUGUGACCAGUUCGGCCAAUGCCAUCGUAGGAAAAUACUGCCUGAAGGCGAUGACGGAGUCAAACACUUAUAAGCCUGAAAAUGAUACUGUCUACCUUUUGUUCAACCCUUGGUGUCAAGCGGAUACCGUGUUCAUGGCCGGCGAUGCCGAGAAAAACGAGUACGUGCUCAACGACACAGGAUACGUCUAUGUUGGCUCAGCAGACUGCAUACAUGGUAGACCUUGGAAUUUUGGGCAGUUCGAGGAAUUCAUCUUGGACUCCUGCAUGUAUCUGCUGGACCAAAGCAAACUCAAGCUAAACGCUAGAAGGGAUCCUGUGGCUGUGUCCAGAGCCAUGUCUGCUUUGGUUAAUUCCAACGAUGACAGAGGUGUCUUGAUGGGGAACUGGUCAGGGUCGUACACUGGUGGGACCUCCCCUCUGAAGUGGAUCGGGAGUGUCUCAAUUUUGCAGCAAUAUUACAAAACGAAGCAGUCAGUGCGUUAUGGUCAGUGUUGGGUCUUCUCAGGAGUCCUCACUACAGUCAUGCGCUGCUUGGGGAUCCCAGCUCGGAGCGUGAGUAACUUUGUCUCAGCACACGACACAGAGGAAGACCUGAGAGUUGACAUUUACCUGAACGAAAAUGGAGAAAAACUGAACCUGUCACGUGACUCCAUCUGGAACUUCCAUGUGUGGAAUGACGUGUGGAUGAAACGGCCGGACUUGCCAGCAGGGUUCGACGGCUGGCAGACGGUCGAUUCGACCCCUCAGGAGCAAAGCAAAGGUAUUUUCCAGUGCGGUCCAUCUCCACUGAAGGCUAUCCGAGAAGGAUAUGUGCAUUUGAACUUCGACUGCAAGUUUGUGUAUGCAGAAGUGAAUGCCGACAAAGCCUACUGGUGCGUGACAAAGGUGAACGGCAAGGAGAAGUACACCAAAAUUGCUGUGGAUACCAGCGCCGCCGGCAAGAACAUCAGCACGAAAGCUGUGGGGCAGAACAGCCGGGAAGACAUCACCAUGCAGUACAAGUACCCUGAAGGAUCGCCAGAGGAAAGGAAAUCCAUGGAGACAGCUUCUUCCUUCAUCUCAAGAAAUGGAUUUGGUUCACGCUUCGCUUCAGCCAUUGUCCCAAGGGCUAGGGUCCCACAGCAUGUGCGCCUCGGGUCUAGGGACGAACAUGAGGUGCUCCCUGAGCCUGAGGUCCAGCUCGAGAUAACCAGUGAAAAGCCUUUGUAUCCUGGUAAUCCUCUUCAUCUGGACAUCAUAGUGAAGACCUCUGCUCCCAGGAACCGGACCAUCAAGCUUGCUGCCUCCUGCCAGCUACAGUCCUAUAUUGGGCAAAUUGGGGCCAAUCUUGGAUGCAUCAAGGAGAUUGUCAAGCUUGAAGGCAAAUCUGAGAUGCGAGUCCCUCUGAAAAUAGAGGCUGACAAAUACGUGGGGGUGCUGGCCUCAGUGGGAGAUGAAGAUCUCAUCAAAGUCAUUGCCAUCGCUGAGACUGAGGGAACAGAUGAAAAAUUCAUGAAGGAGACGGCGCUGACCUUCCAGUACCCCCCCAUCACCGUCGAGAUGCCAGAAACCGUGAAAGUGGACCAGGAGUUCACCUGUGCCUUCAUCUUCAAGAACACGCUGAGUAUCCCCCUGCAGGACUGCAAGCUGUGCGUGGAGGGCCUGGGCAUGUUUAACAUGACAUGGUUUGACGAAGGGGACAUUCAGCCUGGUAAGAUCUUUAAGUCUAAAAUAAUCUGCACUCCAAAGAGAGCAGGAGACAAGAAAAUAGUAGCCAAGCUGACCUCAGUCCAGGUCAAGGACAUAUCCGUGGAGAAGGCCAUCACCAUCACUGAGUAGGAUCGGUGCCUCAGCAGGGUGUAAACAGUGAUUUGCUAAAUGCAUAUCACAGCUGUAUGCCACUGGCACUUUUUGCCUCCUUGAUUGCUGGAUAAUAGUCCCUAAAAGGAAAAAAAUCCCAUUAAGCGAAGGAAAUUUAAGUGACUUAAAGGGCAUCGUUGCUUUGAUUGCAGUUAACGAUGAUUUAAUAAAGACUCUUAAAAUUGA